UUUUAUCGUGCAUUGUAUACUUCCCGUUUCGAUUUAAGAGUUUCCAGGCACACCAUCGACCAUGACUUUUACAUGAUAUUGAGAGAUGAAUAGUUCUGUGAAUUCAGCUUCUUGUAAGCGGAAGCGCGAUGAAGAGGAUGAGACAAAUGGUGUCAACAAUACUGAAAACAGGGAGCAAGAAAGUAAGACCACGUCCAACAAAUGCACAGUGAGGGAGGGCCACUCCUGGUGGACAUGUCUGAUGCUAGAUAUGCCAGUGAGCAUGACCAAACCACAGAAAGUUAACCAGAAUUCACCACAUAAAUAGCUCUACACUUCUGAUUUUCUCUGAAGUCUGUAUCUGUGCUGUUUUUGUGUUUGAUAUAGAGUAAUAUUUCUUUUGUGAAUUGCUGUGACAUCUUUAAAGAAUCAUUUACGUUGUGGAUAUCAUAACAGAUUUAUUGCACUUUGAUUCUUUAGGAUAUGUGACUUUGUACAUGACAGCAUUAUUUUGGAUUGUUUUUUUGUCAUGAUUUUUUUAAUAUAGUGUGCUGCAUACUUCCUGUUUUAAAUUUUUUUGACUGUGUGUAAAGUGGAUAAUCUUAAUCCAUUGCUAAUCAAGAAUGUUUGAUAUGGAUACGAGUGAAAACGUCAGUGAGGUAACAGACAGUAAUGAUGCAGGGAAUAAUGACAGCCUUGCCCCUAAAGAAUGUAGAGCCCUUCUACCUUGUCCUCCUCAGCAGCCUGACGACGGGGACUGUUGUGGGUCAGGAUGUGUCCCUUGUGUGUUUGAUAUCUAUGAACAGGAUCUAAAGAUAUGGAAACAGGAGUGCCGAAAAAUACAAGAGCAUCAGAAAAGUCAAGAAAUUCAGUAUGAUGGGAAUCUGCUGUCUGAAUUAGAAUAUAGAAAGUUCUCCAUUACAGAGGUUAAGGAAGAGACUAAAAAUUGUUUUCGCUAUCGAUUGGAAUUACCAGAAUUCACUUCUUUGGGUCUCAAAGUUGGACAGCAUAUUAUAAUUCGGGAGACGCACCAUGGUACAGCAGUUAGUCGCCAGUACACCCCUAUAUCCGACAUCAAUUGUAUGGGACAUUUUCUUCUUAUUAUUAAGUACAGGAAGUUGCUUCUGUUGGCUGCUGGGACAGGUAUUGCUCCCAUGAGUCAAGUUAUCCAAAGCAUUCUGGGAAAUGAAGAAGAUGACACAAUUAUGCAGCUCUUCUAUGCCUGCAAAUCUUAUGACCAGAUUCUGAUGAAGUCUGAAUUAAAUGAAUGGUCAUCUUUCUGGAACUUCUCAGCCACUUAUGUUUUGAGUCAGGAGACAUCAAAUAAAGCAUCAUACAGAUAUGGUGACCUUGUUGUCAAAGGACGAAUGGACUUGGAAUUUCUAACCAAAAAUGUGUUACCUAUGGACAUCAACCCAGAGACUUUUGUUUUGAUUUGUGGGACAAAAUCUUUUGAAAAUGACAUGAUUGAGUGUUGCAAACUGUUAAAUUUUAAAGAUACUCAGAUACACAGAUUCUAAGAAAGAGUUCACUUGCAUUCGAACACGAGAAUCUAGUCAAUUUAUGUCCUUUGUUAUUUUGGGAUGAAAAGUCAAAGUCACCAGCUCACACAUCAUGUGUAAAUGCAUUGAAAAUUGAAAAGAACUUUGUUAAAUGUUUGAGAGAGAGAGAGAGAGAGAGGCUAUUACAUAAGUCACUCUAAGUGAUGCUCCCUCCCCCUUUAAACCAUGUCUACUUGCAUUAUUUAGUAUUUACACAACAUAAAACAAUGUUUUGCAAUAUUUGUUAAAUCCCCAUCAGGGCUUUAUUGUUUUGGUCUGACUGUGGGCAUAAAAGUGCCCAGGCCCUGCACCCCUUUCCCUGCACCCCUCCCCCCUUCUCAAGUACUGAGUCUGCCUCUAAUAAGUACACAACAGGAAAAAAUACAAAAUAGUUUACUACAUAAUCAGGUUGAGAAAACACUGAAGCAGAAAUACAGGCCUUCCCUCUUAAUAUACACUGAUGAAAAUGAAAUACAUGUAGCUGUAUGAAAUUUCACACCCAGAAGAAUUUCAAUGAAGCUAUUGUCAUGAACUCUUCAACAAAUGAUUAGGAUGAAGCCAGCGGCAGUCUUUUAUGGAUGAAUGAUUUAAAAAUCUAGAGACACAUUAAAAGUGGGCUGAAAUGUAUUACAGUCAUAUUUCAUUUUCAACAUGCAUCUAUGUGUACCAGUUCUUUGUGUGUUUUGGGGGGGUUUCGUCUUGGCGGGAAUUGGUAUGUGUCUUUUGAAUUGUCUCAAUGCUUGAUAUUGCUUAAAAAUCUUAAAGUUGCUUCAUUAAAUUUGCAAUAUUUGGUA